AUGGCUAAGCAACAGGCGUCUCUACUCAAGUACAUCACUGCCAUCAAGCAGUCCCCUCGCGAGAUCUACAACCGCCGCCUCUUCUUGUCUGUCAUUGCAUUUGCUCUCGGUGGCUGUGCGAAGGGCUGGGAUGAGGGCUCUGCGGCUUCAAUAACACAGCUUCCAUCGUUCGGGCAGACCUACAACCUCGACGACAGCACAAUCUCCAACCUCGUCUCGUUCGUGAACCUCGGAGCCGGAAUAGGUGCCCUGUUAUCCUUCCUCGUCAACGACCGUCUAGGACGUAUCUGGAGUCUGCGCCUCUACCAGGCACUGUACAUCGCCGGCUCGCUCAUCUCGUGCUUCGCAUACGGCCAUGUUGGCGCCCUCUACGUCGGCCGGAUCGUUGCUGGCCUGGGGAUCGGCGCUCUAACAGUCGUCGGACCCAUGACCAUCUCGGAAAUCGCCCCCAAGGCAACCCGCGGCCUGAUGACGCUUUGGUUUAAUGUUUGCAUGCUCUCCAGCCAGAUGAUCGGUGUCUUCACCGUGUACGGCUGCUCGCGUCACGUCUCGGCAGCCAGCCAUCUCCAGAACCAGAUCCCCUGGUUCGUGCAGACUUUCGUCCCGGCCAUCAGCAUUGCCCUGUCCUUCUUCGUUGUUGAGUCUCCGCGGUGGCUUCUCCUGCAGAAUCGUCAGCAGGAGGCUCUCGAGAACCUUGAGCGUCUCCGCGGCCUACCACUGGCCCACGGCUACGUCGCAGAGGAGUACAGCGGGAUGUCAACGCAGGUCGAACAGACCGACAGCAGCUACCUCAGCAUCGUCAAAGACACGUUCUUCGUCCGCUCGAACCUCCGCCGGGUUCAGCUCACCAUCAUCGCGUACAUCCUAGCCCAGAUGUCCGGCGCCAAUUCAAUCACCAACUACCUUCCCACAAUCUACGGCCUGAUCGGCAUCACCGGGUCCGGCGUAAAAGUCUACUCAACAGGCCUCUACGCCCUGGCCAAGGUAGUCUGCUGCAUCGCAGCCUCCCUCGUCCUCGUCGACGUCAUCGGCCGCCGCAAGUCAAUGAUGAUCGGCGUGACCAUCCAAGCAAUCUGCCACGCCUAUCUAGCCGGCUACCUCAAGUCGUAUCUGGAAUCGCCCAACAGCGUAAGCGAGGGUGCAUCCGACGCCGCAAUCGCCGCGAUCUUCAUCCACGCCCUCGGCUGGGCAAUCGGGCUCUACAGCCUGCCCUACCUCUUCGGCGCCGAGCUGUGGCCAAACCGCAUCCGGUCCUUCGGCGGCGCGCUCUCCCAGUGCUUCCACUGGCUGUUUUACUUCGCGAUCACAAAGGCGACGCCGUCGUUGCUGGAGGGGACAGACCAGUGGGGCGCGUUUGUGCUCUUCGCUGCGUUCUGCGCCGUGGCGUUUGUGUAUGCGUUUUUCUUCGUGCCGGAGACGAGCGGGCUUAGUUUGGAGGAGAUUGAUGCGGUCUUUGAGAGACCGAUUUAUCUUCUUGCGCGGCCGGUGGGGAGGGCUGAGGAUGGGGUUGAUAAGGGGGACGGGAUCGAAGGUCAGAGUGGUAGGGAGCCCAAGACGGACUCUGCAUGGGUUGAACGCGUAGCUUAG